UUGAGACAAGUCUGAGAAUGAAGAAUCAAGCGCAAGUGAAACGUGACCCUAACCAAAAAUGACUUCAACCCUGUUGCAUUUUGGGACACUUGAUUGAUGCGGCGGCCAUUUUACCCGCUGGACGCUACCUCUCAUUGUGGAUACGAAGAAGAAAAUAGGCAAGCGAGAGCUUUCUCACCACUUCUGUUCACUUUUUCCUGAGGUGAUCUUAAUUAAGUAGCAAUGGCCCGUACCAAGCAGACUGCCCGUAAAUCCACUGGAGGCAAAGCUCCACGGAAGCAGCUGGCCACAAAGGCUGCCCGGAAGAGCGCCCCUUCCACCGGAGGUGUGAAGAAGCCCCAUCGCUACAGGCCGGGUACCGUUGCCCUACGUGAGAUCCGUCGUUACCAGAAGUCCACUGAACUUCUGAUCCGCAAGCUGCCCUUCCAGCGCUUAGUGAGAGAAAUCGCCCAGGACUUCAAGACAGACCUGCGUUUCCAGAGUGCAGCAAUUGGCGCUCUGCAGGAGGCCAGCGAGGCCUACCUGGUGGGUCUGUUUGAGGACACCAACCUGUGUGCCAUCCACGCCAAGCGUGUCACCAUCAUGCCCAAAGACAUCCAGCUGGCACGUCGCAUCCGUGGGGAGCGUGCCUAAAUGCUCUCACUUUAUCUUUCUACUUUUCACCCAUCUGUCUGUCCAUUCCUGCAUUCCUCUCUCCCGUGUUGGUAGUAUGUUGGGAAUACUGUUUGUAUUAAUCAAAUGUGUAGUGCUGUUUUUCUUAGCGUGUUCAACAGAAGCCUUCUAUGGUACCUCCCCCUUUUUUAUGUGCAUGUAUCAACUCUUUGGUAAUGAGGUCACCUGAUGGACACUCACUGACUCUCUGGUGUGAAGACUAUGAAGAUGAGAAUAUCCACAGUGCAAAUUUCGGUGGGGGCAAACAGAGGAUGGGGAGUUCAUCCGCUGUGAGGAAGUGCUUCUUCUUCUGGCUUUUUUUCCAGCAGGGUGCGAGAUGAUCCUCUUCUGCUCUUGUUUACGCACCAGCCUCGGCUCCCAGAGACCUCAACACCGGUCUCGGCUGGACUCUCUGUCCCUGCAUUUGUCUGGAUGAGUGUUAGCUCUGAUCAUCCACAGAGAUCUCUAAGCAAUCCAUCAACAUCCCUGGACACAAUACUUAUUGAUGGUUUUUGAUCAUUAUGUUCUUUUUAUUUCCCUCAAAUAACACUGUGGAUAUUUGUUUUCGCUGCAAUCAUUGCAACAUGGAGAAUGAACUAAAAUAGUAUUAUAAUUGUCCCUCCUUUCCUAUAAGAAAUGGAUCUCAACAUUUUUGUUAUUAUUAUUACUUUUUUUUGUUGCUUUCAAUGUUUAGCCAAAGCUUGAGAGAGUCAUUCGUGCUAAUACGUUCAUAUUCUUGGCUCGCUCUUAUUACAUAAAUCUUUAUGGGAGGAUAGUUCCAAAAGGACUGUUCUCAGAGGUGGAAAUGGAUUUUGUUUUUGUUUUUUUGGAAACAAAAUGGGAGGUGUAUUGUUUCUUCAAAUAUUGUUGCCCUCUCCUAUCAGUUUUCUCUCCUCUUCCAUUUGAUUUUUGUUACCCUUCCGGUUCUUUGAUCAUCUGUAAGCUGGUUCCAAGGUGUAGUUAUUACCCUACCACUUUUUUUUAAUCUCGUGUUCUUUCAUUGAAACGUUAGUGGUGGUGUUUUAAUAAUGUUUGUAAUUUCCAAAUUUGUCAUACAAACUGGUAAUAAAUGGAUGUUACACACC